UGCGUCCCGGGCGCGGCCGCCAUCUUGGUGCCACCUUCCGCGCAACGCAAAGGGCGUUUUUCCCUUUCGUGGCCUGACGAGGAGGGGAGCUCCGAGUGAGGGCUGCUCGGGCUGACUGUUUCUUUUUUUUUCCUCUCCCUCGAGUGAAGUGAGGCGUCUCGCCGGUCUUACUCGCUCCCUGGUGUGGGCAUUGGGCGCGAGGGAGGAACGACGACUCCUUCCCUGCCCCGAAGCGGUGGGAGUCGGGGUAGGAUAAAGAGGAUAAAGCAAUGCAUUUGUGGAAGAAAACCCAGGUUCAGAUGGCCCAGUUCUAUUGAUGGAUUAAUGCUUAUACCGAGGUACUAAGUCUUUGAACAAGUUCUUGUUUUCAACAAGUGUUAUGGACAACAUUAAAAAAGUAGAUAACAACCCUAAUAAUGAUGGAGUUCUACUUAGAAUGGGCCUCAACGAUAACAAAGCUGGAAUGCAAGGUUUGGAUAAAGAGAAAAUCAAUAAAAUCAUCAUGGAGGCUACCAAGGGUUCUAGAUUUUAUGAAAAUGAACUUAAAAAAGAUAAGCAAGUUAACCAACGAAUUGAAAAAAUGAUGCAGCUAAAAGAGAAAAUUACGAGCCAACAUCUUUUGAAAGCACAGCUGCAGGUGGACAAACUUGUGAUGGAACUGGAACAGAGCCGUAACCUUAGCUGUACUAUUGUACACAUUGACAUGGAUGCCUUCUAUGCAGCUGUAGAAAUGCGAGACAAUCCAGAGCUGAAGGAAAAACCUAUAGCAGUGGGAUCAAUGAGUAUGUUGUCCACCUCCAAUUACCAUGCUAGGAGAUUUGGUGUACGUGCAGCCAUGCCUGGGUUUAUUGCUAAGAAGCUAUGCCCACAUCUAACUAUAGUGCCGUUAAACUUUGAAAAAUAUGGGAAAGUGAGUAAAGAGGUUAGAGAAAUAUUGGCUGAAUAUGAUCCCAAUUUUAUGCCUAUGGGCCUAGAUGAAGCCUAUCUGAAUAUAACAGAGUACUUGGAGGAAAGAUUGAACUGGCCUGAAGAUAAGAGAAGGUGGUACUUUAACACAGAAAGCACUGCAGAGAAUGAUAAACAGGAUACAAAUAUUUCUGCCAAACUCGGUUUAAAUGAAGAUGCAUUCUCUUCUUCACCACUGCUGUUUGAAGACAACACGUCUCUGACAGAUGGCCACCCUGAACAAAGAGGUCCGUCAGCAGUGAAAUCAGUUGUCUUUGGAACUUCUGCAGAGGAAGUUGUGAAGGAAAUUCGCUUUAGAAUUGAACAGAAAACUAGACUGACUGCUAGUGCAGGAAUAGCUCCAAAUACAAUGUUAGCAAAAAUGUGCAGUGAUCAGAAUAAACCUAAUGGACAAUACAGAAUCGCACCUGACAGACAAGCUGUGCUAGACUUCGUGAAAGACUUGCCUAUUAGGAAGGUGCCAGGUAUAGGAAAAGUAACAGAGAAGAUGUUAAAAGCCCUUGGAAUUGUGACUUGCUCAGAACUUUAUCAGCAGAGGGCACUGCUUUCUCUUCUCUUUUCAGAAGCAUCUUGGCAUAAUUUCUUGGAUAUCUCCCUUGGUUUAGGCUCAACACAUUUGGAAAAGGAUGGAGAAAGAAAAAGUAUGAGCACUGAAAGAACGUUCAGUGAAAUUAACACAGCAGAAGAUCAGUACAGCUUGUGUCAAGAACUUUGCAGAGACUUGGCUCAAGAGUUACAGAAAGAGGGACUUAAGGGUAAAACUGUUACCCUGAAGCUGAAGAACGUGAACUUUGAAGUAAAAACAAGAGCUUCAACUGUGCCAUCUUCUGUUUCUACUGAGGAGGAAAUAUAUGCUGUUGCUAAAGAUUUGUUAGGAACAGAAAUUGAUGCCGUUUCUCCUCAUCCUUUACGGAUAAGACUUAUGGGUGUACGAGUAUCAGGAUUUCUGAGUGAAGAGGAGAAGAAAUACCAACAAAAAAGUAUUAAGAGUUUUCUAAAAUCAGGAAAAGAAAUCAGUUUUCUUAAACUUGAGCCAGGAAAAUCCAACCAGGAACACUGCACAAAAAAUUCAGAAGCAACUCCCAGGGCGAGUUUUUUUGAUAAAAAGCGAGCUGCAAGGCAACAAAACAGUGAGAAUCUUUUUCUAAAUGAAACAGCAGAUAAACAGCUCUUUCGUGAUAAGAAAUCAGCAAGUUUUGCAGGAGAAACGAACAAAGUCACAGCUGUACAGAAUUCUACUCUGUGUAAAAUCUUCACCUGCCCUGUUUGCUUUGAGGAGCAAAGAAGCAGUAAUUUGGAAGAGCUUAACAGACACAUUGAUGAGUGCCUUGCUGGGAGUCUUGUUAAAGAUACUGUGGAAAUAUCAGAGAAUGAGAGUUCAAAAGAAAAUACAUUUAACUUUUUUCCGUGCGGUAAAAAUGAAAAUGAUGUAUGUCAGAAAAAUAAAACAGAUCAGUCAGCAGGUACAUGCCAGUCAGCAAGUACAUCUAGCAACUCUGCUAGCAAUAGCGCAGAAAAAUUCACUCAGAUAAUUGUUGAUAAACCUCACAAACAAAGACAGCCUAACCAACUCAGUGAUAUGGCUAGAAACGUGUGUGUAAAACAAUGUCAUGUUCCCCAAAGAAUUUCUCUAAAGAAUGCAGACCAUCUUGAAAAGACUGAGAAUACGGGAGAAACUAGUUCAUCCUGCUUCUUUGAAGUCAAAGAAGACAAUGUUCUUGUUUGUCCAGUUUGUAAUUUAGAACAGAAAACUGCUAGUCUUAUCUCAUUUAAUAGACAUGUGGAUAUCUGCUUAAACAAAGGCAUUAUCCAGGAGCUGACAGAAAAAAAUGAUUGUCCUACUAAGACUUAUGAUACAGAAAAUUCAAACAGAGUUGGAAGUUUAAGUAGAGGACAACAGUGUACAAACCCAUCACAAGGAACAAAAAGGUCUGGACUUGCAACUUCACAGUCAGUAUCAAAAAAGGCCAAGUCAAGCAAUUCCAAGCAUACAAUUGAAAUGUUUUUUAAAUGACUAUGUAGCAAUGUAUUCUGUAUGAAGAAUUUCAUGUUUUAUGACUGCAAAUUAACUUAGCAUCAGUGGUAGGCUUGGGUCGGAUGACUGUCUCUUUUAAGUUAUUGUAUGCCAGUAUAAAAUGAACAUGAUGUUUGAGGUAGAAGACAACUGAGGUCAUUUAAUUUUUUUGAGAAUAAUACAAUUUUCUCAGUUGUUUCUGAGAAACAAAAUUUACUAGCACUUAGUUUUUGUUUGUUUAUAUUGAAAAUGUGAAACUACUUUGUUGGAGUUGCCAACAGUCUUGUGGGUUGCCUCCACUGUUCAACAGAUGGAGCAAGGAGGUUGGAGCUGCCAGUGAGCCAGCUGGCAGGGCAACUGCCUGGGAAAGCAGGCAUCGUUAGCCAGGGUGCCAGGUGAGGCAUCGUUAGCCAGGGUGCCAGGCUGGGCUGACGCGAGGGUGCUCAUCACACACCCGCACUAGCAUCUCUGCCAGGACCAGUGCUGUGUUGCAUGUGACAGACGUACUAAUUCGGGCUUGUGCUUCCUCUGACAAUUCAGCACCAAGCCAAACUGCAGUAUUAGCUGUGUUAUAGUAAAGAAGAGUUGCGUUUCCUGAUUUCAGUUCUUAAGAACAUUUGUUUCAUGAAUUGAGACAAAAACUGGUUAGUGUUACAGUUUCAAAGGAAAAGAGCAAGAUUUCAGAGCCCAGGCAGGUUUCCACUGUAGUCCCUGGAAAUUACUUGAAUAAGAGGUGAUGCACCAAUCCUAGUAUGCUCAGUCCUACCAGAUACAAAAUGAUUUCACUGAUGUAAAAAAUGUAAUAAACCUGUUGAUGACAAAAGAAUGAUUCCACAUUAGUCAGACAUACGCUGUUUGAUCCUUGGCCUUUUUGAAAGAGACAGAGCUUCAAGUUUCUUUGAAACUGUCAAGUCAGUACCUUUCAAAGGCAGGAAAGUCAUUCUAACUAAAAAAUCUUACAGUGCAAUAAUUGUAUGAAUGACAUGCAAAUAUUCAUGAUGCUGAAAUGAAACAACUUGCUUAUUAUUACUCAUGUUUCUAUUUGAAAAAUGUUUUGUAUUUUUUUAAUAAACUGUAUUUUAUGAGUACGUGUGUGGGAGGGGGAGUUGUAAAGUGCAAAUAUUUAAAAUACUGCGGUAAGAUAUUUUCCUCUCCACACCAGAUUAUUUAAAUGUAGAUAUUUUAUUAUAAUUAACUACUUUUUAUCAAACAAUUUAUGAUGCUAGCAUACUUAAAAUUAUACAAACAAUGACAAGCCCUUGAUGAAAUAUAAGCUGCUUUUUAAAUUGUAUAAUCUUUAAAGAAAUGACGAUGAUAGAAGCAUCUGUUUUGUUGCCAAACUGUAUUGAGAUUACUGUGUGGUGAUUUUUUGGUUAUUUUUCUGGGUUUUUGUGUGUGCAUGUUGCAGGGGGAGGGGUUGUUUGGAGGAGAAAAAAAAAUGUGUACGUGAGCUGUACUGGAUGCUCUGGUUACGUCCAGGAUCUACUGCUUCACUUCCAGAUUUGCUGGAAUGGUUUAAAAAUUCACCAUGUCUACCUCCCCAUAUCUGCUUAUUUGCCAGAAGCCACUAUGCCCACAGCUCGGUCAUUUGAAUUUGUGUCAGUGCUCCCUAAUCUCCUUUGGACCAAAUCAGCUGGGCUAGUUCAGACUGCUGUGUAAGCUAGCUAGGUUGACUUUGUUUAGAGCAGGUCAGUGAGCAUUCAACAUGUGCUGUUCUGCUGAUGGAGCUGAGGGAUGGAGACUUUUGGUUAGAGAGGCAUAAAAGCAACUGGGGGAGCAAUAGCUUAAGUUUCCACUGCUGUUUAGAAAGCGAACAUCUGUCCCAUAAUUAGCCUACAUCAGUCUGUAUACUGCCUCGUAAGCCCAUAUUUGAGUUGCUAGACUGUUUCUCACUGUCACAUGUUAAAACAAGAUCUGAUUCAAUAAAUGUGUAGAAUUCGAAUACUA